AUGCCGAUGAAGCAUAGUCCACCGAGACGCAGCAGUCGCAUUCAGCAAGAAACAACGCGGGAAUUGUCUCAAAAACCUAGCGAUAUGAGUUCAACAGCUGCCAACGCCGCCGCAGCGCUAAUGACGAUGUCUGUUGCACCUGCCGCCGCACCCCCAGGAGCCACAUUAACGGCCGCCAUGACCACUACCAACGUCAUCCCUUCACCGGUAGCCUCAUUCUCAGCAGUUUCUGUCGGAACCACCACACCCCUGGUAAGUCAAUUUAUCGCCACCACAAAUGCCGACAAAGCCGCCGCAGCAUCGAUGGUUAUGCCUGCUGCCCAAACGACCACAACCCCAAUGACCACGCUUUCAACCAAUGUCGCCACACACUCAGGGUACAUGUCAGCUGCCCAUGCCGUCGCAGCCGGAACAACCAUAUCAGCCGCCAUACCUACUGCCCAUACGGCCGCAACCGUGUUCACUCCCCCAAACACCAUAAGCUCCGCCAUCUCGUCAGCUAUUGCCAUGCCCAUUGCGAGCAAUUCCGCAGUCACAUGCACCGAGCAUAUCACCGCUACGUCUCGGACUGCCAGUUCGGAAAACGGUAACAGCACCAUCUCCGCACAACAGGUGAGUCUCUUAUUUGAAAAAAUACAAGCAUUAGAAAACCAGCUUCGAGACGCACAAGUACAGCUGGUUAGUAACAACCAAUCUCGAUUGUUCGAUGAAAGCGCCCGUUAUAACGGGCAGUCCGUCGUGCCAACGAUUCCAAAUAGUCUUUACAAUCCCGCGCCUUAUAGUCAGUCAAAUAGCGAAAACGGUGUCCAAUCGUUGUCUUUGUCAGGUCUUUCGCCAGCACACAUAUACACAAUUGCUUCGCAGCCGGCAACAACAACACUGCCUAACCUUAAUGACGGUUGCCGGUCAAAUGUUGUUUUCAGUGCACUGCCAUGCCGACCGCCUUCAAUAGCAACGAGUGCAGAUUCGUUUGUAAACAGAAUACACACACCGCAAUCGCUAGUUACUGCUGGCAAUUAUCAAAUGCCGCGUAAAGUUCAAGACUUACCCGAAUUUAGUGGUCAUGCGGAGGACUGGCCAUUGUUUUCAAAUGCAUAUAUGCAAUCAACUGCCGCCUACGGUUACACCAACCUGGAAAAUAAUCAACGACUACUGAAAUGCAUAAAGGGAGAAGCCAGAGAAGUGGUGAAGUCAUUGUUGAUCCACCCGGAUAACGUAAACGCUGUCAUGGAGCAACUAAAAUUUCGAUUUGGUCGACCGGAGGGGUUGAUACGCAGCCAGCUUCGACAACUGAAAGAAAUAGGUCCGAUUUCUGAGUCAGCUAUUGAAAAGCUUAUUCCGUUCGCAACGAAGACUAAGAAUUUAUCUAUCUUUCUACAGUCGGUGGAUGGAUUUCAACAUCUUUCAAAUCCAACGCUUUUAGAAGAGUUGAUUAGCAAGCUGCCCAUUAGUAAAAGAAUGGAUUGGGCCAGAUAUGCCGCUACGAUCAAACCAUAUCCAACUGUUGUUGACUUUAGCAACUGGCUUGGCGAUUUAGCAAAUUUGGUUUGUACUCUGCAAGAUAGUGAUAGUCGUCGACGGGUAGUCCUUCAUGCGAUGGAAAACAAUUCCAGGGAAUCCCAACCCGCUGCCAGGUGUCCGAUUUGUAAAGGACAUCACAAAAUUAGUGUAUGCAAGAAAUUCGUAGAUUCCUGUGUGGCUGACAGGUGGGCUCAAACAAAGCAGAACCGGCUGUGGUUUUCGUGCCUGAGAAGCGGUCAUUCGUCACGCGAUUGCCGUAGUCGUACAUUGUGCAUGGUCGAUGGUUGUCAGCGCAAGCACAACAAACUUUUGCACGAGCCUAGCGGCGCCGCCAGUGCAACUGUCACACAACGACGAGAACAACAGUUGGUAGGUACCACCAACGUGAUGGAGUCAAUGCUAAGCUGCUCCUCAAAUUCAACUAAGCAACAAGGGCUCUUAUUUCGCGUCUUGCCAGUAACGUUAUAUGGGCCGCGUAACCGAGUUGAGACAUUCGCGAUGUUGGAUGAAGGAUCGUCCAUCACUAUGAUGGACCAGGGACUUCUGAAAAAGCUAGGUAUCGGUGGCCAUGAAUACGAUUUGAAUAUGCAAUGGUUUGGUAGAAGAACUGCCCAGGAAGCUGCCACGGUUGUUGAUCUGGAAAUCAGCGGUAAGGGCUUAACUAAACGUCACAGAUUGCGCCACGUUUAUGCUUUACCGAACCUUAAUCUGCCAGUACAAAGCCUCAGUAGCAGUGCCCUACGUGGAGUGGCAACUCGCGAUUUGCCCAACAUGCCUAUGCCUUUUUCCAACGUCACUCCAAAGAUACUCAUCGGGUUGGAUCAUUGUCAUUUAGGUUUACCAUCCGUAACAAUGCAGUUGGAAGAUCGAGGCCCGUAUGCAGCCAACACGGAGCUUGGUUGGGUGGUCUUCGGUCCGACCGGGAAGAGCGUUGCGUCAAACGCAGCAUGUCUACAUAUAAAGGAGGUAAGCCAUUUGCAUAGUUUGGUUGAAGAAUAUUUUGACAUCGACAGCUUUGGAGUGCGUUCUGCACCAGUCGUGAAGAGUGCUGCAGACGCACGUGCUGAGCGCAUACUAAAGCAAACAACGUUUCGUGUAAAGGGGAAAUUUCAAACAGGUCUCCUUUGGAAAACUGACUGCGUCAAACUGCCUGACAGUUACCGGAUGGCUGAGAGCAGAUUGUUGGGUAUUGAGCGUAAAUUUAAAAGGGACCAUACGUUCGCAGCAGCAUAUAAAGCCAUAAUACAGCACUAUAUUGCGAGAGGAUACGCGCGGAAGCUGACACCAGCUGAGAGCGAAACUGAAAACCCAAGACUAUGGUACCUGCCCCAUUUCGCGGUUGUUAACCCUAACAAGCCGUGGAAAUUGCGCCUUGUGUUUGAUGCUGCUGCAUCAGUCGGGGGUGCGUCACUUAAUGGAAGUUUGCUCAAAGGGCCGCAAGAGUAUCAGCCGAUGCCUUCAGUGCUCUUUAAUUUUCGUACCGGGCCAGUCGCCGUAUGUGGAGACAUAAUGGAGAUGUUCCACCAAAUUUACGUCCGGCCCGAAGAUAGAUGCUCGCAGAGGUUCCUGUGGAGAGAAGAUGAGAAGAAACCACCAGAGAUUUAUGAGAUGCAGGUUAUGACUUUCGGUGCUGCCUGCUCCCCGUGUGCGGCACAAUUCGUUAAGAUGUUAAACGCUCAGGAAUACGCAGACCGCUUCCCUCGCGCAGUGGAGUCUAUAGUGAAGUACCACUACGUUGAUGACUUUGUGGACAGCUUCGAGUCAGUCGAGCAGGCAGUCAGCAUAGCAAAGCAGGUGUCCAAAAUCCAUGAAGCAGCCGGAUUCCAAAUGCGUGGAUAUAUAUCCAAUUCAGUUACUGUAAUAAAAGCGCUUGGAACUGAUGUCGAUGCGAGAAGCAUUAGCAGCUGUUUUCACGCAAAGAAUCCUGCAGCUGAAAAGGUACUUGGAUUGUUUUGGCAACCUCAAGAUGAUACGUUUAGAUACGAGCUUAAAUUCCCACGACUGGAAGCUGAAGUCAUCAGUGGAAGCAGGCCACCAACGAAGCGAGAAGUACUUAGUUACGUUAUGUCCAUUUUUGAUCCAUGGGGAUUUUUAAGUCAUCUGGUAGUGGGAGCCAAGAUUAUAAUGCGUGAAGUUUGGCGACGCAAGAUCAUUUGGGAUGAGCCCCUGCCUGAUGAUAUUACUUCGGCUUGGAGGAACUGGCAGAGAGAAGUGCGGAGAGCAGCUGCGGUCAGAAUACAACGUUUUUACUUCAAGGAGGGUACGCCAAAGAGUUUGCAGCUGCACGUUUUCGUCGACGCAAGUGAGGAGGCCUUUGCCUCAGUGUGUUACUGGAGGCUUGAACUUCAAGCAGCGGUACUUGGAACACGUUUGUCACAAACAGUUCUCGAUGAGUAUCGGCUUGCAGUUUCCUCACGAAUUCUUUGGAGUGACUCAUCAACUGUAGUCAAUUGGAUAAACUCGAAGCAUCGAAAAUAUAAGCCAUAUGUGGCGCAUCGAAUAGCGGAGAUCCUUUCAACAACCGAGCCGACUGAUUGGAAGUGGCUGCCCACCAAAGAAAAUGUGGCCGAUAUUGCGACUCGCCGAACAAGCCAAAUAGAUGUUGAUCCAUCUUCGCGCUGGUUCUCUGGUCCAUCGUUUUUGUCAAUGCCAGUGGAGUCAUGGCCACGUGCCUCGGUCACUGCGAACAAUCAAAAUGACAGCGACGAAGAAAUUCGUUCAACUAGCGUUUUCCUAACGAAUACCUAUGUUUUAAUUGAUUUUAAUCGGUUUUCCUCGUACCCUAGGUUGAAAAGAACAACGGCUUGGAUGUUGAGGUUUAUUGAUCGUUCCCGACGUAUAAUAUCGAGUGGGGGUGACUACGGAUUGACCUCAAGCGAAGUCGAUGCGGCCGAAGCCUAUCUGUGUCGCCAAGCUCAGUCUGCAGUAUACGGUGUGGAAGUGAACCAACUAAAAGAUGGACAAAUGGUGUCAAAGGAAAGUCCAAUCUACAAUUUACUGCCGUACUUGGAUGCGAAAUCGGUCAUAAGGGUAGGUGGUAGGAUCCAAGCUGCCAGCUGGUUACCGCUCUCUGCUAUACACCCAAUUGUGUUGCCACCGAAGCACCGCGUCACUGUGUUGAUCGUCGCGCAUUACCACUGUAAAAUGAAGCACCAGAACAUAGAAGCAACAAUUGGAGAAAUAAGGCAAAAAUUUUGGGUCUUGAACUUGAGACAAGUCCUGCGGAGGGUUGUUAUUGGCUGCAUGAAAUGCAAAGUAUCGCGUUCCAAACCAGCUACGCCAAUUAUGGGUCCGCUCCCUCAGGAUCGAUUGACACCGUACGUCAGACCGUUCAGCUACACCGGGUUGGAUUACUUCGGCCCUCUGAAGGUCACUAUUGGUCGGCGCACAGAAAAGCGGUGGGUAGCUCUUUUCACCUGCCUUACGGUCCGCGCGAUACAUCUGGAAGUGGCUUAUGACUUGUCCACCGACGCCUGCAUCCUAGCAAUAAGGAACUUUAUUAAUCGACGAGGUGUCCCUGUGCGUUUACGGAGCGACAACGGUAAGAACUUCGUUGGCGCAGAUCAAGAGGCAAAGCGGUUUGACGAGGUGUUCGACUGCGAGCGUGUUAGCAAUGAACUGUCAUCAAAGGGUAUUAGGUGGAUUUUUAAUUGCCCCCAGAAUCCAUCGGAAGGCGGUAUAUGGGAG